AUGGUUGGCUAUGAUCCGGAUUCCGAGUAUAGCUCCCUUUCGACUGUGAAAGUAGCAGCGGCGGGAUCCGCUUCCGGAUUGGUCACUCGGGCAAUGAUCGGCCCUUUUGAUGUGCUCAAGAUUCGCUUUCAGCUUCAGAUAGAGCAGCUUUCCUCCAAAAAUCCACAUGCGAAGUAUCACGGUAUCUGGCAGGCCGCUGGUAAGAUUUUUCAGGAGGAAGGGGUCACUGCGUUUUGGAAAGGUCAUGUCCCUGCUCAACUUCUUUCCAUUAAUUAUGGGGCUGUCCAGUUUGUCAGCUUCGAAUUUCUGACGAAGCUGGUGCACCAUGGCACAUCUUAUGAUGCUCGUGGCUUCACUGUGCACUUUAUCUGUGGCGGUCUGUCUGCUUGUGCUGCUACUGUGACAGUUCAGCCUCUUGACACGCUGCGGACUCGCUUGGCUGCCCAAGGAGAGCCGAAGAUUUACAGGAACCUCCGCCACGCUGUGGUCAGCAUGUACCAGAAGGAAGGGCUGCUGACUUUCUAUAGGGGGCUGAGCCCAACCAUCAUUGCCAUUGUUCCUUAUGCCGGCUUCCAGUUUUCCUUCUACAGUCUCCUGAAGAGGUUGUACAACUGGAUUGUUCCAAGCGAAGAGAUGAAGAAAGGUAAUAUUAGAAACUUAGUGUGUGGAAGCUGUGCUGGUGUCCUCAGCAAAACCCUGACAUAUCCCUUUGACCUGUUCAAGAAGCGACUGCAAGUGGGUGGCUUUGAGCAAGCCCGGGCGGCUUUUGGGCAGGUUCGAACAUACACUAGCAUCAUGGACUGUACCCGACAGAUAAUCUUGGAUGAGGGACCCAGAGGAUUCUUCAAGGGCCUCUCCCCAAGCUUGUUGAAGGCUGCUUUCUCCACUGGCUUCACCUUUUUCUGGUAUGAGCUCUUUUGCAGUCUUCUGCUAACAAUGCAAGACUCCAAUGGUUCCAAGAAGCAAGAAGGUUAACGUAAACAAGAGCUGCUGCCUGACUCCAGUGGAUGU